UGAUAUCUCAGAUGAUCUGGCAGGAAAGAGUAAAGAAAGAGGCUUGAUAUUUCUCAUUCCUGUUAAGCCUUCUAUUCUAUUCUUUAAGUCAAAUAGGAAAAUAUAAGCACGCAGAGAGAGAGAGAGAGACGGAGAGAGAGAGAGAGAGAGAGAGAGAUUCCUAUUAAAUACAUGGCGGCCCUGUCAGAAGCCUGGAUUUCUGGCCUUCCUUCUUGCUUAUUUCCAUACUCCCAUUUAUAUUUCCUCUUGAAAAUUAAAGAAAGAGCCCAGAUUUCAGAAUCGCCUACCUUGUCCAGCCUUCAAUCUCCCUCUCUCUCUCUCUGGGUCCAAAACAACAGGUGAGCAAGGAAGAACCUAUUUUGCAGUUUCCAUUUUGUCCUGACCCUGUUUCCCACUUUUGUUUCUCCUGAGAUGAGAGAUUUAGUUUCUUGCUUCAGUGAGAACGCAAUAGCAGUUUCUCCAUCUACUUGCUCCAGCUAUUCCAACAAUGCCUGCCUCUCCCCAACUCUGACCCCUUCAGUCAGAAAUGCGGUCAUAUGUCUAUACAAAACCACCCUGUCAUCACAAAAGCACCUCCUCAUCACGGUCACUUGGAGCAGAAGUCACAUGGGUCAAGGCCUGACCGUAAACAUUGGCGAUGACCCAUCUGCAUCAUUCAAGCUGCUCAACACCAAUUCUCGGUUCCUCCGGAAAAAGAAGGGUAACAAAGUGAUUGAAUCCGUGAAUUCGCACAUCGAAGUCUUCUGGGAUCUCUCUAAUGCCAAGUAUGAUAGCGGGCCAGAACCUGUUGAAGAAUUCUAUGUGCUCGUCACGAUUGACUCGGAAUUAGGCCUUUUCCUCGGUGAUAUGGCUGAAGAAGCCAUAGCGAAGAAGUUCAAGACCGGUAAUGCAGUCGCUAAAUUCUCUCUCGUUUCGAGGAGAGAGCACUGUUCUGGCAAUACCCUUUACAGCACAAAGGCUCAGUUUAGCGAUACUGGGAUUGUGCACGACAUUUUAAUCCGCUGCAGCUGCGAAAACGAAGGGUUUAAGCAUCCGGUGUUGAGCGUUUACAUCGAUAAGAAGAUGGUGAUGAGGGUGAAGAGGUUGCAGUGGAAUUUCAGGGGAAACCAGACGAUUUUCACAGACGGUUUGCUGGUGGAUUUGAUGUGGGAUUUGCAUGACUGGUUCUUCAAUCCGGCGUUGGGUUAUGCGGUGUUCAUGUUUAGGACAAGGAGUGGAUUUGAUAGCAGAUUGUGGUUGGAAGAGAAGAUGGAAGAUCAAGACAGAAUCGAAUUCUCCUUGUUGAUUUAUGCAAGUAAGAGUCCAUGAUAGAUUUGACUUGCUGAAAACGUAUACUGGUUUUCAUUUGGCUCUUCUCUAUACUGAUGUCUAUAGAUUUUUACAUCUGAUUUUCUUGGUUUCUUGAAAGAAUUAGUACUUCUGAUUCUUUUUGUCAUACAAAGCUAGAAAUGACUUGGUAAGAGGGUUGACAUUUUCGGAGCUGUGGAGAAUUUAGUAAAUUGCCAGUGAAAUAAUUGAAAGGUUAUUCUCGUCUCUUUUAUCAUGCCCUGCAAAAUAUAGGACUCUGGUUGAGCUUAUCUAAUCGUGUCAAAUGCGAAGAAGUGCGAUCGCAUCAAAUUCAAAAGCACCGAAAAGGCCAAGCCGAGCGAAAAAAUGCCAAAAAUCUUUAGGGAUUCUUGUAAGAUCUCAGUCCAUAUUUACUGAACAGCUUGAGCUUUUGGAAAGAUUGGAGAUCAUCACCUCAUUUGGUCAUUCUCUCAGCUUGACCUUCCAAAGUAGAACCUUUAAAUGUUGUUUGAAGCACUUCCUCUUCCUGGGUUGGUUGACUUCUCGUGGAAGGAGACUUUCAGAAGAUCAUAAAUUGCGUAAACUGCACGGAAUAAUCAGGCCAUUUCUUCACUUGGUAGCACAAAAGAUUCAAAUUUAUAGUCUUCCCCUUCCGUUCGGUUCAUACAUUCUUCAAAGCUCUAUACUUCUGUUUACCUUUCUUUAGAACCCUGUUCAUAACGCUUUGGUAACUCCGCCUGCAAUCAGUUGGCCUCUGGCCGGGAUCGUGAAUGAGCACAAGCUGAACUGAUACAGAUCCGACAGAGACUGGAUUCUUGAAUGGCAAAUUAGCUGAGAUUAGCACUUCCUUUUGGAUUUUAAAGGAUUCCUGAAUAGCUGAGCUAUCGACUAAAUCGUGUAACGAUUUAGCCAUGCGCACAUGUGCACGAGCACAAGCACUAAAUAGGCAUAGGUUGUGUCUCAUUCAAGACCAUCUUAGCAACAUCAAAUUUGUCCACUUGGAUGCCUAAUUCAAUGGAUUGUACAAGCUCCCUUUGCUA